UUACUGUCGCAGGCAGAGAACAAAAGGCGGACGGACGCACGGACGGACGGUGUCGGUGCAGUGAAUGUAGCGCCAGGCUGGGUGUCUGUCUGCUGGGCGCACAGCGGUGCUGCUGGACCUGCCGAGAACGCACCAAGUCCCGUCCCACAUCCCCGUUUUAUCCCCACCGGUGUCCCGACCACGACAAAGAUGAUUCUGCUCGGGACUGUGCUUGUUCUUUUCUUCUCAGGUGUGUUGCCAGCCUCAGCACCCAUCUUCCCUUUCCCUCCCUCCCCCACCGACUGCGUUGAAGCUCAUCGUGUGUGCUCCACCGAUCUUCGAUGUGAGGCGUUGUACCGGGGCUUGGAGCUGUGUGCGGCCGACGCAGCGGUGUCCCCGCUCGGGGAGCAGGCGGCUGCCGAGUGCCUGGAGAGACAGGACGCUCUGCUGGCCAAGCACCCGUCACUGUUGUCCUGCAAAUGCCAGCGCGGCUUCCGGAAGGAGGAGCAGUGUCUGCGCAUAUAUUGGAGGGUUCGCCUGCUGCCAGGGGAGGAUGAGCUGGAAAUAUCUCCUUAUGAUGACACAAUAAUGGAUACUCGCAUGGCCUCCUUAGUGGCAGCCUCAUCAUACAUGCAGCUGGAUGGUGAGAACCAAUGCCUGAAGGCAGCACAGGACUGUGGCCUGUAUGAGAAAUGUGGUUCUCUGCGAUCAGAGUAUGUCUUGGCCUGCACCAAACGGGUGACCGGGACCAACCGGUGCAACCAGCACAAGUGCCACCGGGCCCUGCGGCGCUUCCUAGAGAGGGUGCCUGAAGAGUACAGCCUGGGCGUCCUGUUCUGCCCCUGCACCAACGCCCUGUGUGGUGAGAGGCGGAGGAAAACCAUUGUACCCUCCUGCUCCUACCAAGAGAUGGAGGGUCUACAACCUAACUGCCUCCACCAACAGAGCUUCUGCCGCCGAGAUGACCUCUGCAGGUCCAGACUGGCUGAUUUCCUUAAUAACUGCCAGCCAUCUCCUCUGACGGCCACCGGAUGUAUGAAAGACUCAGCAGGCCUGUGCCUCCGAGCCUACGCUGGACUCAUCGGUACCAUCAUGACACCCAACUACAUCAGUAACAGCUCUGCAGACGUGUCGCUGUGGUGUAACUGUGAAGGCAGUGGCAACCAGUGGCAAGAGUGUCUGAGACUGCAGCGCAUGUUCACCCACAACACCUGCCUGCGUAACUCUAUCAGUUGGAUGGGGAGCCCCGGCUCCCUGCCUGCAGACAUCACCCCUUCUGCUCCAAGACCCUCCCCGCUAGUUCAGGAGGGCGAGCUGCUGAGUAACAAUCACCUGCCUGAACACAACAACAACGUGGUGGAGAGCGAGGAAGAGGAGGAGCUGACACAGACAGAGGAGGAGGGUGAUGAAGGUGGCCAGUUUGAUGUCAUCCAACUAUACUCAGAGAGGGCCACCAUCUCCAACCUGGGCUCCACCGGCACAGGGGGGGCUGCAUCCUUCACCACCGGUCCUCCUAAACCCAUACUACUGCUCCUUCUGCUCCUGUCUGCCUCCCUUAGCUGGGGGUAGAACAGAGGAUAUAAAGAAGCACGCGCGCACACACACACACACAGACGCACAUACAUGCACAUGCACACACUCACAUAUAAUGGACCUACAAUACUGGACUGAUGGCUAUACAGUUCUAGGAAGCAUAGUGAAGAAAUGGACUUCACAUUUGUCUGUAGCAUCCCCUUGAUUCCUCACUUCUGUCCUUGCUUCCUUCCUUUUCUCCACUGAAAAUGGCACUUUGUUGAACAUGGUCUGACUGCAGCUGCGGUGGUGUAUUCAUGUCCUGAGAGCACAGUAGCCCUAUAAUGGCAAGAUGUUCAUAUGCUGUCAUCAACCAGUGAGCAUUAUGUAGCUAUUCCUGUCACAAAGCCCAGAAAGAUUCUGUUAGCUUGCUCGAUUGUAAGUGCACAGAUAUUACAAGACCAAGAUGUGCUAGCGUGCUAAAAUGUCCAAAUUUUGAACCCUCAGCAGCACAUAUUAAUUUCUGACAGCUCUCAUUUGGCAGAAAGAAACAACCAAGUGUCCACAUUCAACAAAAAUAAUAAUUCAACUCAAUACAACAAUGUAAAAGUGAGCUACAGUGUUUACACAGUUAAUGUCUGGUUCAAUUUGUCAGCAAAUGCUACAAAUAUGUACCAAAAUAAAAGUAGCCAACCUUCUAGGCUAUAUUUGAUUAUUUAUGUGGUGUAAUGCUCGGCUAACAGAUGAGGUAAUACAGUGUGAACUCUCUAAAUCAUACCAAUGAGACACAUUCCUAUUCUUACCACUCUGUGUAGCACACGGUCCACUAAUCACAUUAUCGAAGCGUACUUUACCAUGCUAAUGAAUUGAUGUGCUAAUGAACAUAGCAUGUUAGGCUGCUAACAUGUUAUUAAAAGUGGUAAUGUUAGCAUUUUAGGCCGAUAGCACACAAACACAACAAUAAUGACGUUGCAUACUGUGGGAAUUUCAGUUUGAAUUGAGUUUAUUCAUAAACUGAGCCAUACUUUCUGUGUAGAAGGUGCUCAGUUAAACAAAUGGACAAUCCCACGUUGACUAAAAGGUAACUAACUAUCAGCUUUGCUGGUGACCUGCAGCAAACUGUUUAAUUUGGCUUGUACAACACUGUAAAAGUAAAAAUAAAUAAACAGUUGUUUUUAUGGUAAAUGACUGGCAGCUGUGG